CGGCGAGCCCGCCCCGCGAACCGCGCCCCCUCCCCAGCUCUGUUCCCGCAGUUCGAGCAGAGCAGCUGGCUGAGCGGAGUAGAUCGUCAGGUCGGCCAUGUCAUCUGAGCCUCCUCCCCCAUCACAGCACCCCACCCACCAGUCCUCGGCCGGGCUGCUGGAUACCCAACAGGCCCGAGACCGCUCACCAUCCCCGCUUCGGGGCAACGUGGUCCCGAGCCCACUGCCCACUCGCCGGACAAGGACCUUCUCAGCGACGGUGCGGGCUUCACAGGGCCCUGUCUACAAAGGAGUCUGCAAAUGCUUCUGUCGGUCCAAGGGCCACGGCUUCAUUACCCCGGCCGACGGCGGCCCUGACAUCUUCCUGCACAUCUCCGACGUGGAGGGGGAGUACGUCCCCGUGGAAGGCGAUGAGGUCACCUAUAAGAUGUGCUCCAUUCCGCCCAAGAACGAGAAGCUGCAGGCCGUGGAGGUGGUCAUCACCCACCUGGCGCCGGGCACCAAGCACGAGACCUGGUCCGGCCACAUCGUCAGCUCCUAGGAGAGGCCAGAGGCGCCCCUUCCCCAGGGCUUGGGGGAGACUCUGGGGCCGGAGGCAGGACCAAACUGGAGAGGACAUUCUACCGCUUGAGAUGGGGCUUCAAGGGGGGAGCGUGGUCCCUUUCAAGUGUCUCCUGAAGGAAGGGGUGUGGGGUGCUCUCGGCCACCAGCACAGCCUCUCACCAUCUGAAAAGCAUUAAAAGCAUUGAAAAAGGAGAGGCGCCCGCUAGUGGCUGAGUGGAGGGUCUGUCCGAGCCCCACCCGGGACUGGGUCGGGUGGUCUUCCCCAGCCCACAGCCCCUCAUCCCUGGAGGAAGGCUCAGAAUCCCCAGAUCUGGCCCUCUGGGUAGUGACAUGGACCCUGCGUGUUUUCCCGGGAGGAAUUCCCGCCCAAGCGGCCCCCUUGUGUCUCUCCUCGGCCCUGGGCAAAGCAGGCUUUUCUUUCUGGUUCUCAGCUGGUUGUUCAGGGGGCUGGGAGGGGCGGGGAGUGGGGGGAGGUUGGUACCUUCGCAGCGGGAGGUGUCACAGCUGGGUGUCUGGGAGCCCGGAGUCCUCCACCUGGCAGCGACCUGCUCAGAGGCGAAUCCUAACUCUCUUCGAAGGCUGGUCCUUUCUGUCUGUCUUCAGGGUGAGUGAUCCUGGCUCAGCAGCCCGUC